CCUCAAUCCCACUCUACACAACAACCCAGUCCAUGAGCCUGUGAUACCCCAUCUCUACUUACCACUAUACUUCCAUCACACAGACAGACACCCAGGGAUGGUACUUCUUCUCUCAUCUACCCACGCCCUAUAGUGGUACUUCCAAUUCAUGCCUCACCACCCUACUACACGCUUGUACCUCCCCUUCUCCUCUACUCUAUCCCCGCUUGUACCUUUCCCUUUCUCUUCCCCCUUCCCUUUCCCCUUCCCCUGCCCUUUCGCUCUUUCCCUUGUUCCUUUUUCUUCCCAUCCUCGACUAUCUCCGAACCCCGACAUACAACAGACAAGACAGGCCUUUCCCUUCCCCUUCCCCGUCCCCCAUCAUCUCCUCCAUCCACACCCCCCUGUCCCCCCAGUCCCCCAUUCCUUCUCUUCCCUGCCCUUGCUUCCUUCCCCCAUCCCCCAUCGAUCGUCGUUUCCUCUUCCCUCCCGCUACACACACACACGCGCUACUGCCACUUCACUUACUACUCCCACACUACUGCCACUACACACGCUACUCCCACUUCUCCCACUACUCCCACCCUCGCUCGCUCAUCAAUCACCACCACUACCACCGAAACCCACUCCCACACAUCCUUCCCCAAUCAUCCACUCUCCCUCCCUCCACCUCUCCAUCUUCUCCUCGUCCCCCCCGCAAAAACCUGUCAAUCCCCCCUAACUCUCUUUUCUCUCCGCUCAUUCCACCCAUCUUCUAUCCCAAAAGCCGGUCCGAAUAUCCUCGCCCAGCUCAUGCAUCCAUCACCUUCCCCGACUUCCUCGACGGCCAACCUCCUUCCUCAACGCAUCUUCGUCACCCCAUAUCACCGCCGACUACCGCUCCGACGGCGACAACCUCGUCCACUCUUUUUUCACUACCUCCACAACAACCCUCGCCGACGCACAUCCCCAUCGGUGACGGCUACAACGUUACCACGGCCUGUCCGCCGCCCCUCGAACACACUCUCUCCCUACCAUCACGACCGAACCUCAUCCUCAAACUCUCCGAAUCAUGUCUUCCGCAACACCCUCCUCCUCCUCCUCCUCGUCCGGCUCCUCCGCUCCUCCACCACCAACACCCACCACCGCCGCACCACCGCCACCCACAACCACAACAACAACGACAUCCACCUCCGUCAAACGCGCCUGCGACGCCUGCCAUCGCCGAAAGGUGAAAUGCGACGGCCUAUCCCCCUGCCGCAACUGCUCCUCCGCCCAGCUCGCCUGCACAUACAACGCCAUCCCACAAAAGAAGGGUCCCAAGGGCUCCCGCGCAAAAGUCAUCUCCGAGCUGCGCGAGCAGAACCGCCAGUCCGCCCUCUCCUCGAAAGCGCACGCGCGCCUGCUCGCCGGGAAUGCCUAUGCGAGUCCGCCACCGCUGUGUGCGCCCACGCUCGCGCCGACGCCGGGGUUGUUGACAAAUGAGAUCAUCGCGCAGUGUAUCGAUUUCUUCUUCGUGAAUAUGUACCCCACGAUCCCGAUCCUGCAUCGCGGGAAGCUGGAGGCGCAGGCGAGGUUCGCGGAUAGAGAUACCGAUACGUAUUGUUUGCUCACGUCGCUGUGCGCGUUCAUGCUCAUCCAGCCGGGGAUGCCGGUGCCGGGUGACCCGAUGGGACUCGAUAGUAUGCCUGGUGCGAAUCUGAUGAGCGGGACGAUGCUGAUGGAGGAGACGAUCCGCGUGAGGAAGGGAUAUGACCACCUCGAGUCGCCGACGCUCGGCAGUCUGGCGACGAGCUACUUCUUGUUCGGCUGCUACUUUGGUUUGGAUCUGCAUAACAAGGCGUGGUUCCAUCUGAGGGAGGCAACGACUCUGGCGCUGAUUCUGGGGAUGAAUAAGGAGGAGUCGUAUGCACAGUUUGAUGUGAUUGAGUCGUCGAGGAGGAGACGGUUGUAUUGGCUGUUGUUUGUGGCUGAGAGAUCAUAUGCCCUUCAACGACACCGUCCACUCACUCUCCCAUCGACUAUUGAGCUUCCUACCGCAAACGACGAUCCGACAGAACACUCUCCCCCGCUCACAGGAUUCAUCCACCUCGUCACUCUCUUCAAGCCUUUCGACGACAAGUUCGUUGCUCUAUGGAACAAGACACGCGACGACUGCUCUCCAGCAUACCUGUCGGCCCUUCAGAAGCAGCUGUCCGAUGCUCUUCCCGCAUACCUCAACAGCACCGAGUCCCAGGCCGCCGAGCUACGCGUCAACCAACAGUGGCUGCGCAAUGUUGUCUGGCAACUAGGCAUCUCGAAUGGAUGCGUCAGCAGCGGCAACGACAACCCAAGCAUGACCUUCCAAUAUCCGGUCGAGAUCUCAAGAGACCUCAUCGCGAUGACCGCAGGCUUCUCCCCACAUUCGAUGGACGUCCACGGCGUAGGACUGGUCGAGAAACUCUUCGACGUAGCCUACUCCCUCACCGACGUCCUCUCCGUCUCCCCACCCCCCGCCGACCCCUUCGCCCCAGCCCCAACCGACUACCUCAACCAAUUCCUCUUCCUCCUCUCCUCCCUCCGCAACGGCGACACCCGCUUCCGCCCCCUCCUCAUCGCCAAGAUCCACGACAUCCUCCCCCGUCUCGUGACGCCUAUGCUGCAGACUCUCCCUGAGCCGUCGUCUGGUAUGGGUCCGGGGGGUGUGGAUAUCUUUGACGGUUUUGGGAAUGCUGGGAUGGGUGUGCCGAGUCUGCCUCAGCAGCAGCAGCAGCAGCAGUAUGACGCGAAGCCGUAUGAGAAUAAACAAUACGAUGUCAAGCCAUACGAUGUUAAACCCUACGAUAAUAAACAAUACGACGUCAAGCCACGCAUCGAAGACAUCGCUUCCCCCGUCCACGCACACCCACACCACCAACAACACCAGCAGCAACAGCAACACGCACAACAACACACGCAGCACACACCCCCCCAACCCGCCCUCCUAGGCCAAGAACCCCUCCCCCCGUUUCAACCUGAACAACAUCACCAACAGCAGCAGCCGCAGACCCCGGCGCCGUAUCAGGCUAUGCACACGCCGCUUGAUUACGCGCCGUUAACGGAUUAUGGGUUCUUGAAUAAUCCGCGCACUGCACCACAACAGCAACAGCAGCAGCAGGGACAACAGCAGCAGAGGCCCGGGAUGGGAGUUAGACAGGGGAGUGGGGUUUUUGGACAUCAUACCCAACAGCAGGGACAUCAUGGUCUGGGGAUGGGACAGCAUGAUGGUGGUGGCGGGUUUGAGGGACUGGGGUUGGUGGGGGUGGCGGAGCAUUUGCAGUAUAGGUAGUUGAUGGAGGGUAACAAGAAAGGGAAUUUGUUAUAUCGGAGCGGGGUGGUUUAGGCCGGGCUCCCGGAGGACGAUGGGAUGGGGAAUGUGGGAUUACGGAACCACGACCAUGAAAGAUGGGUGCUGGAUGGCGGUAAUGCAGACGCGAAUAUGGGGAGGAAAACAGAGAUACCUCACCCACGCAUUGCUAUGCAUGGCAUGGAAAGAGUUGAGAUGAUGGACAUCCAUUACGGAACCACAUAUCCAUCCGUUCAUGCCUAUCCCAUCCACUGACGGAUAGACGGAUGCGCGACGCACCGUCGCAUCGCGUCAGCCACAGCGCCACUCACCCGCCAUUCUCCUGCUUUGAAGUAGGAGGGCGGAAAUGCAAACUCAAACGACCAAAAAAGAAACGAAAGGGAAAGGAAAGCGAACAUAGGAACAACAACAACAACACAGCCAAGGAGUUAUUCAAUGGGAAACACAGGGCUCAUUUUUUUGUAAGGGAUAUAUUAUUUGGAAUUGAAAUCUAGCUACUGCGACUUAUUUUUUAUGUUUUUGUCUUUUUUGGUUCUGUCAUAACUUGGGAGUCAGUCAUCGUCAUUGUCCAUUUUUUUUAUUUAAUCUUCUUCUUCGAGGCUUUGGAAUUGGAAUUGGGGAGGGGAGGGGGGUUUGGAGUUUUUUGAAUAAGGAUUGGAAUUGAAUGGGGG